GCAAGUGGAGUUAUGCAGCAUUCAAUUGUGGCAUGGUUAUCGUUGAGGAGCACCACAACGUUUUGAGUUUGUGGUGAUAACUACAUAAACCUCGACCCAUUCGCCUUUUCUCGGAGUUCCUUGGCCUCCAAUCCAUUGAUCUCUGCAGACAAUUACAAUCAAAGGUUUUCUAUAACAGAAAUCGUCAAGUCUUCCAAGGAAACACAAAUCAACAUAAACUCCAUUCUUUCUCCUCAAUUCACCUCGUAUCGACCGAUUUAGUAAAGUUGGCACUUCUGGCUCAAGACUCCCAUAGCUACACCAUCGACGACCAAAGUCUAUCUACCCACUGUAGACGAAGCGUGAUUCUCGAAGAAUCAUACUACUUUUCCCGUUGAAGAGUAACCCGAGUUUGAUAAACAUCUACAUUGAUGUCGGUUGAUUUCCGCCAAAGUCUCAACUGUCUUCGUUUCCCAUCUCGAUACAUAACGGUAUCGAGAACUCAGCUCUCGAUAGUCCAUACAGGCGAUUUAAAUAGGCCAGCUAAUAAACCGGACUCUUAAUCAUUCGAACAUCUCAGGAUAUAUCAUUGAUAAAUCGCAAUCAUGGCGCAUGUUAUUGAAGAUAAUAGUACUACCAUGAAUUUUCUUGAGAAGAAGCGCAGUCUUUCUCCGGCUACAGCGGAGGAGGUUCGUGUAGUAAGCAUCUCGGAAUGCGAGGAAGCGGCUCAGUGUCUCGCUCAAGCUUUUGCUACAGAUGAAGUAGCAAGAUACUUCCUUGACACUGAUGAUAUGAGUUCUUAUUCCGAGGAAUACAAAUGGAAACUUCAUUGCGACAUAAUCAAGUACAUGACCGCUGCUCAUUGCUACAAAGGCAUAGUGACCACCAUUGGUCCAAACUAUGAUGCAGUCGCUCUAUGGAUGCCUCCCGGUCAAGACAUGGACGAUUGGCUCACCUUUUUCCGCAGCGGUCUCUGGAAACUCUACUUCAAACUCUCCGUGGAAGGCCGUAAACGUUUCUAUGAUGAGUUUUUGCCUCUCCUUCACCACACCAUCGAUAACGUCAUGGGUGAGCGUAACAACAAUUUUUACUACCUCGUUUAUCUCGGUAGUAAACCUAGCGCCCGAGGAAAAGGAUACGCGAAGAAAUUAAUACAACACAUGACUGAUCGAGCGGACCGUGAAAAUCGUCCUACGUAUUUGGAGUCCAGUGCGGAGAUUAAUUUGAGCUACUAUCGUAAGUUAGGCUUCGAGUGGAAGCAGGAUAUUGUGAUGGAAAGGGGGGUCAAGCCAGUUAAGAUGCAAAUUAUGGUUAGAGAGCCGAAGUUUGUGGGAGAAACUACUAAAGAAGGAUUUGUGGAAGUUGAGAUGAUUGAGUAGUUGGAGUGAUGGCGAUUUGAGUUUUGUUUCCAAUUCCGAUUUUCCUUAGCAGAUUGACGAUCUUCGAAUUUCCAUGAUUGUUCUUCAAUGUUUUGCGUUGGAUUA